AACCAGUGUCGAUUCAACACCGGACGGACGAAUCUCAAACAUGGGGACAUUUUCGGCGUGGUCAAUCUUUAUAGUGGUCUCGCUGCUAGCUGUGAAAGGUAAGCGUUUCGCCCAACCCCUCUCUCUCUCUCUCUUCUUUGUUGCGGUUCACGCUAUUGCAUAGUUCAUCAGUUUUUUGUUGCCUCGGUCUGUUGUUUGUAACCAGUAGGCCCUAUUUCUUUAUUCUAAACAUAAUAACGGUACACGGGCGGCAGCAACUAAGCCGCUGCAUAGUUCAUUAUCCAGCAAUCGAGACUCGGUUAUUACAUAGUUACGUGUUAAAAUAUGUUUUAGCCUAACUGCCCAGUGAUGCCUGUAUCUGUCUGAUUUGGACUUAGAGCCAUAUUGACCAGCCAGUCUGGCAGCGAACUGAUGUUCCAUAUGUUUGAUUCCAGAACCCAAAUGAAUCACGUUCUAAUCACACUUUUACCGAUGUGAAUAUUCUAAUUAAUCACACAAGAGGAAGAUUUAUGUGUAGAUGUGGGGUGAAAAAACGUUCCCUGAGAUGUUGAUUUCGUUGCAGUCUAGUCACAUAGCAGUCUGCCUGUAGCCCAGUAGGACAUCAUGUUCUGAGAAUGGAAAUAGGCAAGACAAUAAGAACUAAUAUUCAGGAUUGAUAUAGGUGUUAUUCUGGGGUAAUAUGGAUGGAUUUUUAAGGGGUAAAAUCAUCUUUGUUUAUCACAAAUUAUUGAUGAAUUAAUGAAAGAGAUAUGCAAAAAGGCUAUUGAUGAUGAUUGUCUCAAAAUAACCGAUAGUCUAGUUAACAUUUUUGGUGGAUCACUUAGGCAGUUAGGAUACACUCAUAAGACAGCAUGGUUUUUGAUUGAAUGGUUAGAUUGUGAGCUAAGGAACUACGGUCCCAUUCAGUGAGUGGAGUGUGUUUCUUCCUUUCUCUUCCAAGGGUCGCUCUUUCGUUCUCUCCAUCAUGGCAGGUGCAGGUUCAAACCUUGAGUGUGCCAGUUUCCUCCCUUCACACACACACACACACACACACACACACACACACACACACUGAGCGUGUCAUUGUGAGACAAUGAGUCCUCAAGUCCUAUUCUGUUAUUCUGUUCUAUUCAGAUUAUUACUGCAUUAAUGAUCUGAAUGUUGUGUCCCAAAUGGUACCCUAUGCUAUGUAGGGAAUAGGGUGCCAUUUGGGACAAACCCCUGCAUGUUUAAAGUUUAGUCUGCCAGCUCUGCCACCCUUCACAUAUAAGUGCAUACUUAGCUAAUUUUAGCUAGAGGGGUUUGGAUUUUGGGAUGAGGGGAUGAAGGAGGUGGAAAGGAGGGGGGAGAGAGGGAGGAAAGGAGGGGGCAUAACCUCAGCUGCAGUCUUUUCUUUGGGAGAGGGAGAUGAUGGGUGUGUGUGCUUGUGCAGACUGUGAACAUGCAUGUGUGUGUGUGUGUGCUGUGUGUGUAUGUGUGUGUGUGACAGAGAAAAAAACAGAGCUUUUUGGGUUGUGCGUGUCUGUGGAGGAGGAGAGGAGGGGUGUGUGUAUGUGCAUGAGCACUCAUGCAUGUGUGUCCCGUGUAGCUCAGUUGGUAGAGCAUGGCGUUUGCAACGCCAGGGUUGUGGGUUCGAUUCCCACGGGGGGCCAGUAUGAAAAAAAGUAAUAAUAAUAAUAAUGUAUGCACUCACUAAAUGUAAGUCGCUCUGGAUAAGAGCAUCUAUGUAAAUGUCAACUUUCUUUUUGGGUUGUGUUACAUAAUAAGACUUAAUGAAGAGUAAUAAGAUCAAUCCCCAGACCGGCAGUGAGACAAAGCCAUGUGGUGGUCGUCAUAAAACAGAGGAAUCAAUUAUUUAUUCACUUUGAUACACACCAGCUGGGGCUCCAUACAGAUCUCUAUAGACAACCGUUCAUAUUGUGAAUUCAAUGUUGACCUGAGAAAUUAUAGCUAAUUAACUGCUAUGGUGUAGAGAUGACUGUUCAUGUCUAUGAUGUAGAAAGUAACUAGUUGUUAUGAGCAAGAUCCACGUGGAAAAUCAAAAAUUGUCUUUACGUUUUAAUGUUCUUCAAAUAGCAGCAGAGGUCAAAAGAUUGUGUUCGUGCGACAAGCCUUCAUCAGCAUUUGAAGAACAAUGAUCGCAUCGCAUAAGUCAGAGAGCGAUGAUCAGAAGUCACGUGGUUGUUUCUGAGGUCAUCAUCAGGCUCGUAUGGAAUCCGCACACACAGAAUUCCGACGAAAAUCAGCAGAAUUUCAAACUCAUCAUAUGCCAGAGACUGGGUGCUGCUGUUUCCUCUAUAGCAGGGCAGGACAAAUACCCUUACACCCUGGGUGGGAGAUAGCCUACAUAGGUAUAAGUAAUAUCAAUAAUGAUAACGUAGCAAUAGUAAUAGAGCUGAAUACUAUAAAGAGUAAAAGCUAUGUUAUAGCAUACUAAUAGCAAUAGCCAAAGCUAAGAAAUUGCAAUAAUGAAAGUAAUAUUAUUAGUUAAGGUCUCAUUAAUAAUCGAACCAUUGCUGUGCUGCAGAGGUGCAUGGUGACCCAGCCUGGCCUGCAGUCACACAUUCACGUAGACAGUGGUGUUUUUAGCUCUGGAUCUAUUUUUAGUGUUACCGGCCAGUAUCACCCACAAGUUGCCUGCCAGAUCUCAGAAGGGACAGGGAGAGGGCAGCAGUGUCUGUGUGUGUGUGUGUGUGCAUGCAUGUGAGUGUGUGUGUGUGUGUGUAACUACGCAAGUGUAGCUACUCUGUAUUCUUGGCCUAAUCUCUCGAGAACAGAUUGAGGUAAACAUAUAGAAUCUGUCGGGAAGGAAUGGGAUGCAUGGGCUAAUGAGCAGCAGUAGUUCCAGUGUUUUUCGUCACUGGUUAUUUGGACGAAUCACAAUUUCGCAGGUGUUAGCAUCUUUCUAAUUUCGGAAGGGGAGGAGACAUUCGGCCUGUAACUUGCAACGAGAGAGGGUGGAGCACAUACAGUGCAUUCAGAAAGUAUUCAGACUCCUUCACUUUUUCCACAUUUUGUUACGUUACAGCCUUAUUCUCAAAUGGAUUCAAUUGUUGUUGUUUUUUCUCAUCAAUCUACAUACAAUACCCCAUAAUGACAAAGCAAAAACAGUUUUGUUUGUUUUUCUUUGCAAAUGUAUUAAAAAUAAAAAUCUGAAAUAUUACAUUUACAUAAGUAUUCAGACCCUUUACUCAGUACUUUGUUGAAGCACCUUUGGCAGUGAUUACAGCCUCAAGUCUUCUUGGGUAUGACGCUACAAGCUUGGCACACCUCCCAUUUGGGGAGUUUCUCCCAUUCUUCUCUGCAGAUCCUCUCAAACUCUGUCAGGUUGGAUGGGGAGCGCGCUGCACAGCUAUUUUCAGGUCUCUCCAGAGAUGUUCGAUCAGGUUCAAGUCCGGGCUCUGGCUGGGCCACUCAAGGACAUUCAGAGACUUGUCCCAAAGCCACUCCUGCGUUGUCUUGGCUGUGUGCUUAGGGUUGUGGUCCUGUUGGAAGGUGAACCUUCGCCCCCAGUCUGAGGUCCUGAGCGCUCUGGAGAAGAUUUUCCAUCAAGGAUCUCGCUGUACUUUGCUCCGUUCAUCUUUCCCUCAAUCCUGACUAGUCUCCCAGUCUCUGCCGCUGAAAAACAGCCCCACAGCAUGACGCUGCCACCACCAUGCUUCACCGUAGGGAUGGUAUUGGCCAGGUGAUAAGCAGUGCCUGGUUUCCUCCAGACGUGAUGCUUGGCAUUCAGGCCAAAGAGUUCAAUCUUGGUUUCAUCAGACCAGAGAAUCUUGCUUCUCAUGGUCUGAGAGUCCUUUAGGUGCCUUUUGGCAAACACUAAGCGGGCUGUCAUGUGCCUUUUACUGAGGAGUGGCUUCCGUCUGGCCACUCUACCAUAAAGGCCUGGUUGGCUCUCCCAUCUCCAUAGAGUUACUCUGGAGCUCUGUCAGAAUGACCAACGGGUUCUUGGUCACCUCCCUGACCAAGGCCCUUCUCUCCCGAUUGCUCAGUUUGGUUGGGUGGCCAGCUCUAGCAAGAGUCUUGGUGGUUCCAAACUUCUUCCAUUUAAGAAUGAUGGAGGCCACUGUGUUCUUGGGGACCUUUAAUGCUGCAGAAAUGUUUUCGUACCCUUCCCCAGAUCUGUACCUCGACACAAUCCUGUCUCGGAGCUCUACGGACAAUUCCUUCGACCUCAUGGCUUGGUUUUUGCUCUGACAUGCACUGUCAACUGUGGGGCCUUUUAUAGACAGGUGUGUGCCUUUUACAAAUCAUGUCCAAUCAAUUGAAUUUACCACAGGUGGACUCCAAUCAAGUUGUAGAAACAUCUCAAGGAUGAUCAGUGGAAACAGGAUGCACUUGAGCUCAAUUUCGAGUCUCAUAGCAAAGGGUCUGUAUACUAAUGUAAAUAAGAUAUUUCUCUUUUUUUUCUAUGUGCAAAAAUGUCUUAAAACCUGUUUUCGCUUUGUCAUUAUGGGGUAUUGUGUGUAGAUUGAUGAGAUUUUAUUUUAUUUGAUCCAUUUUAGAAUAAGGCCGUAACGUAAGAAAAUGUGGAAAAAGUGAAGGGGUCUGAAUACUUUCCAAAUGCACUGUAUAGGCCCAGAACUUAAUCGAGCAGCUGACAAAUUACACAAUACUUUAGUUCUCGGUUAACCAAGAUUAUUCUUGGUCUGAAGGUUGACCCUUCAGUACUUGGCUAGUAGGGUUAUCUGAGUCUGUGUUUCUACCUCUUUCAGACCAGUGUGUGUGUGUGUGUGUGUGUGUGUGUGCGUGUGCUAGGAUAGUUCCCUUCUCAGACCAGUGUAGAAUGCUGCUCUCUGACUAUUACAGAUAUUAUUAGAUACAGGAUGCUGCCUUACACUAACAUGCCUCCUAUGAAUUUCACAAAUAAACACACAUGAAAUGCAGUAGUUUCAUAACGAUCAUUACGGAAAUUGCACUGUAAAUGUUUAGAAGGGUAGAAGGUGCCUGUAGACACAGAUCUAGGAUCAUCUUAUUAUUCCCUAAAGCCUAACCCAGCACCAUUAUGGUGCAAAAUGCUAAAUUGACCUUAGAUCAGUGUAGAGGGACAACUGCCUCCUACUCCCACUUAGCCUUACUAGAGAUAACCUAUGACCCGUCUAAUGAUAAUGAGACACAUAUUGUAUCUGUCCUGAUUGAAAACAUCCCAAAUUAUUUUGUUGGAGGGCAAAACCCCUUAUGGGCCUUUUAGAUCUUUCAUGAUCACUCAUUGUAGCAAGAAAAACUUGAAAAAGAGGUGUGUGUGUGUGUGUGUGUGUGUGUGACUACAUACAAAAGCUGUUUUGUCCCAUGUGCAGGAGGAAUGCAUGGAGUCUGUCAUGGGUUGUGUCCCAAACGGCACCAUAUUCCCUUUAAAGCCCUGAGCCCUGGUCAGAAGUACACAACCAUGGAGUCAGUCAUCUCAGUGCCUUUGUUGAUAUCUAGAUCUGAUAGAACGCAAUGCAUUCUUCACUACACUGGAAAGAAAAAAGGGUUGGCUGCAGACCUGUGUUCAAAUGCUAUUUGAAAUCAUUCAGAACUAUUGAACUUACCUGGCAAAACCCUGCCCGUCUGGGUUUUGCCAGGUACACUCAAACACUCAAUGUAUUUGAAAGAUUUCAAAUAGUAUUUGAACCCAGGUCUGGUUGGUAGUGUUGCUGCACUCAGAACUAAUGUGUUGUGCACAUGUUAUAUACUACUGCACCAUUAUUAUGGCUGUAGUUUGGAAAGAUUGUAAUGCAUUGAUGUAGAUAUAGUAGCAGAAUCACUGAUGUAGGACUUGGGGUAACAAAAUACAGUGAGGGAAAAAAGUAUUUGAUCCCCUGCUGAUUUUGUACAUUUGCUCACUGACAAAGAAAUGAUCAGUCUAUAAUUUUAAUGGUAGGUUUAUUUGAACAGUGAGAGACAGAAUAACAACAAAAAAAUCCAGAAAUACGCAUGUCAAAAAUGUUAUAAAUUGAUUUGCAUUUUAAUGAGGGAAAUAAGUAUUUGACCCCCUCUCAAUCAGAAAGAUUUCUGGCUCCCAGGUGUCUUUUAUACAGGUAACGAGCUGAGAUUAGGAGCACACUCUUAAAGGGAGUGCUCCUAAUCUCAGUUUGUUACCUGUAUAAAAGACACCUGUCCACAGAAGCAAUCAAUCAAUCAGAUUCCAAACGCUCCACCAUGGCCAAGACCAAAGAGCUCUCCAAGGAUGUCAGGGACAGGAUUGUAGACCUACACAAGGCUGGAAUGGGCUACAAGACCAUCGCCAAGCAGCUUGGUGAGAAAAUGACAACAGUUGGUGCGAUUAUUCACAAAUGGAAGAAACACAAAAGAACUGCCAAUCUCCUUCGGUCUGGGGCUCCAUGCAAGAUCUCACCUCGUGGAGUUGCAAGGAUCAUGAGAACGGUGAGGAAUCAGCCCAGAACUACACGGGAGGAUCUUGUCAAUGAUCUCAAGGCAGCUGGGACCAUAGUACCAAGAAAACAAUUGGUAACACACUACGCCGUGAAGGACUGAAAUCCUGCAGCGCCCGCAAGGUCCCCCUGCUCAAGAAAGCACAUAUACAGGCCCGUCUGAAGUUUGCCAAUGAACAUCUGAAUGAUUCAGAGGAGAACUGGGUGAAAGUGUUGUGGUCAGAUGAGGCCAAAAUCGAGCUCUUUGGCAUCAACUCAACUCGCCGUGUUUGGAGGAGGAGGAAUGCUGCCUAUGACCCCAAGAACACCAUCCCCACCAUCAAACAUGGAGGUGGAAACAUUAUGCUUUGGGGGUGAUUUUCUGCUAAGGGGACAGGACAACUUCACAGCAUCAAAGGGACGAUGGACAGGGCCAUGUACCGUCAAAUCUUGGGUGAGAACCUCCUUCCCUCAGCCAGGGCAUUGAAAAUGGGUCGUGGAUGGGUAUUCCAGCAUGACAAUGACCCAAAACACACAGCCAAGGCAACAAAGGAGUGGCUCAAGAAGAAGCACAUUAAGGUCCUUGAGUGGCCUAGCCAGUCUCCAGACCUUAAUCCCAUAGAAAAUCUGUGGAGGGAGCUGAAGGUUCGAGUUGCCAAACGUCAGGCUCAAAACCUUAAUGACUUGGAGAAGAUCUGCAAAGAGGAGUGGGACAAAAUCCCUCCUGAGAUGUGUGCAAACCUGGUGGCCAACUACAAGAAACGUCUGACCUCUGUGAUUGCCAACAAGGGUUUUGCCACCAAGUGCUAAGUCAUGUUUUGCAGAGGGGUCAAAUACUUAUUUCCCUAAUUAAAAUGCAAAUCAAUUUAUAACAUUUUUGACAUGCAUUUUUCUGGAUUUUGUUGUUGUUAUUCUGUCUCUCACUGUUCAAAUUAACCUACCAUUAAAAUUAUAGACUGAUCAUUUCUUUGUCAGUGGGCAAACUUACAAAAUCAGCAGGGGAUCAAAUACUUUUUUCCCUCACUGUAUGUGAUUCAGUUUCAGUUUUUUUGGGUGUACAUGGUGACUAGAGCAAAGUUCCUGUCCUUUUCUCUGCAAUAGAUUGUGUAAAAACUCCUCCACUCCCUCGUCUCCGUUCUUGUCCCUCUCCCCCUCCUCCCUCCCUCCCUCCUUCCACCCUUCCUGUAUUGCAGUCCUGUCCCAGGAAAAUGGUGACUUUGAUCUGUCUGAUGCCUUGGGGGAUGGCGAUGUCACUAAAGCACGUAAGUACAGAAAGACUUACUGCUGUCUUUUUCCGCACAACCUGGAUUCAUGCUUUGUCUAUAGAAUACAUGGACAAUGCAUUCAGUUGACAAUGUCUUUCUAGCAAGGUUUGCGAAAAUUCCAUUUCAAUUCAGUCAAUUCAGGAAGUAAACUGAAAUUCCAAUUGUUUCUCAUACAGAAACAUUGAUGAAAACUGGAUUUGGAAUUUCAGUUUACUUCCUGAAUUGACUUAAUUUAAAAAUGAUUUAUUCCAACCCUGAUUUCCAGUGUCUGAGUACGAAGCUAUGCAUUCUGUGUAACAUCGUUCUCUUCUCUUUUCCUCAGCAGCAGCAGCAGCCACACCGAAACCCAAACUAUUUCCAUCGGGAGCAGGUAAACGAUCCCAGAUUCACUAAUUAAUCUAGAUAUAGACUAUCUCUGUUAUUGAUUAUAUCUGCCUGUACCGUAGAUACCAUCUAUUAUAUUGGCAGGCAUUUAAGCUGGUAUUGACCACUUGAAAGACUACUAAUAAAGAUGUAGUGUAUGUUUUGCUAUUGAUUAUAUAAGGUUCUAACAUUAGAAAAAGCAGCAUCUACUUCCAAUUCUCCCUAUAUCAGCAUAAUGCAGAUACUGUGUGUGACAAGCUGGCUGAUACCGUGUCAUCUAGAAGGUAUAAAAGAGGAACUGAGAAAUAGUUAUAAAAAUACUUUUAAAAACUGCUGAUUUACACUUCAGCUCCACUAUAGAUGUCGCGUUGCUUUGCCCUCAGCGUCACGUCAAUGUGACGUUCUACCUGCUACACAGUGGGUGUUGUUAUUUCUCAUUAUUUCAAUUCACAAGAAUUCACAUCGACAAUUGAACCUCUGCGAUUCUUGAGCUUGGACGCUGCCAUUGGACGUGAUGCAACGUUAUGGAUGAUUUUCAAGUACAUACAGUGCCCUCCACAAUUAUUGGCACCCCUGUUUAAGAUGUGGUCGAGGACUUCCAAAAAUUCUCAUUUUAAAAAAAAAAACAACAUAGAACCCAAAUGCAAAAAAAGAGAAAAAUCCAACCUUUUAUUUAAGUACAUUACUGGCACCCCUGAUGUUAAUACUUUGUUCAACCCCCUUUUGCCAACAAGACAGCACUUAAUCUCCUCCUAUAACAUUUCACAAGAUUGGAGAACACAGAGAGAGGGAUCUUUGACCAUUCUUCUUUGCACAAUCUUUCUAGAUCAUCCAGUGUCCUGGGUCCUCUCUUAUGCACUCUCCUCUUUAGCUCGCCCCAAAGGUUUUCGAUUGGGUUGAGGUCUGGGGACUGAGAUGGCCAUGGGAGGACCUUGAGUUUGUGACUGCUGAACCAUUUUUGUGUAGAUUUUGCCACAUGUUUUGGAUCAUUAUCCUGCUGAAAGACCCAAUGACGACCCAUCUUCAGCUUUCUGGCAGAGGCCAUCAGGUUUUUAUUUAAAAUGUCCUGGUAGUUCAAAGCGUUCAUAAUGCCAUGCACCCUAACAAGGUUCCUAGGGCCUUUGGAAGAGAAACAGGCCCAUAGCAUCACAGAUCCUCCACCAUACUUCACGGUGGGCAUGAGGUGCUUUUCGGCAUACUCAUCUUUUGUUUUACGCCAGACCCACUUAGAGUGUUUGUUGCCAAAAAGCUCAAUCUUAGUCUCAUCUGACCAAAGCACACGAUCCCAGUUGAAGUCCCAGUGCCGCUUAGCAAACUCCAGACAUUUACGUUUGUGAGUGUUAGUGAGAAAAGGCUUUUUCCUUGCAUGCCUCCCAAACAGCUUGUUGGCAUGUAGAGAGCGUCUGAUGGUUGUUUUGGAGACUUUGUGACCCCAAGAUGCCACUCUUUGAUGCAAUUCUGACAGUGAGCUUAGGACUUUUUUUUACUUCUCUUACCAUCCUCCUCACUGUGCGUUGUGGCAAGAUAAACUUGGUACCUCUUCCAGCCUUGUUUGUCACUGUUCCAGUUAUUUUAAACUUCUUAAUGAUUCCUCUGACUGUAGAUACGGGCAAGUUAAGGCGAGUGGCUAUUUUCUUGUAGCCAUUGCCUGACUUAUGAAGUUCGACACAAAUCUGCCUUACUUGAAUGGUGUGUUCUCUUGUCUUUGCCAUGUUGACAAAUGGGUAAGAGAAUUAGGCCUCUGUGUCACGUCAUAUUUAUACCCCAGGGAAACAGGAAGUCAUGAAUUACUAAUUAAAAGUUCCUAGAUACCCUGACCAACUUUAGCAACUACAGAAAAAUAUAUUUAAAAAAAAAUCAAUUAACAUUUUCAGUGGAAUUGUUAGGGGUGCCAAUAAUUGUGGGACACAUGAUUUCAAGUUUAUUUUUUUCUAAAUGUGUGAUUUUUUUUUUUACCACCAAAGUAAUGUACUUAAAUAAAAGGUUGGAUUUAUUUUUUUUUGCAUUUGGGUUCUAUGUUGUUUUAAAAAAACUUAGAAUUUUUGGAAGUCCUCGACCACAUCUUAAACAGGGGUGCCAAUAAUAGUGGAGGGCACUGUAUGUUGUAGAAUUAAACACCUAUAUGCCUUAAAAUGUUUAUGGAUUGAGAACCAGUUGAAGGGUUAAUACAGAACAGAGACAUUUAUGUGUUUUUCAUAAACUCCCUGCAGCUGGUCUGGGUAUGUCAAUGACAUGUGAUGGCUGUGUGGAGAUUGGAGUAACAAUGGACCUAGUGUUAUCAUUUGUUUUGCUUAUGACCCUAUGACCUGACACAUGGCCACAUGCACAUAAUCUCAAGGGCCAGGGAGGAUGGUAAAUGAUAAAUGCCUUAAUGUAUGUACGUGUAUUAUUUGUAAAGAAAGGGUCUGCAACCAUAUAAUGAGAUUAGGGAAAGGGUCUGCUACCAAUAUAGUGAGAUUAGGGAAGAGGCUUCUUGUGGAAAAGCGCCCAUGACCUUUUGGAGUAAAUUACAGGUGACAUCUGGACGUUGAAAGAUAAGGGUAGAGUGGCACUAAAAUAAGUUAAUCAUUUGCCCUAAGGGGAGGGACUGUAUAUGCUAUGUAACAUGAUUAUGCAUUUGUGUGUAUAAAAGGGAGCUCUAAGCCAAAGAGAGACAGUUGUUGCUCCAUGAAGCAAGCUCGGCUUUGUUAUGCAAAUAAUAUUUUUAAAUUGACUACUUUUUGAGUCAAAUAUUUCUACGACAACGUGAGCGCAACACGGGCAGUAUAGCAGCUUUCAUUGAGUUCAAAGGAUGCGUUCCCUUGAUGGCUGAUGGCAAUGCCAGACGCCCGGUGGCUGUAGUGUCGCAGGGCCGUUACAAAGUAAACGCACAUGGCUGGUGGUUAAAACAAAUGGCUCUCCCACAGUCAGGAAACAUGUUUUCAAGAAAACACAGGCCCUGGUUACACAUUGCAGGCACCUGUGCCAAUGAGCAAUGCAAUACAACAGGCAAUGAUAGAGAUCAGGUUAUGGAUUAAAUGAAUGAAUUGACACAGAAAAUAAAUAACAUUGCAUGACAAUAAUCGACGGUUUAAAAAUGUCCAUAAAUACUUUGAAUCCAUAUACACUGCUCAAAAAAAUAAAGGGAACACUAAAAUAACACAUCCUAGAUCUGAAUGAAUGAAAUAAUCUUAUUAAAUACUUUUUUCUUUACAUAGUUGAAUGUGCUGACAACAAAAUCACACAAAAAGUAUCAAUGGAAAUCAAAUGUAUCAACCCAUGGAGGUCUGGAUUUGGAGUCACCCUCAAAAUUAAAGUGGAAAACCACACUAAAGGCUGAUCCAACUUUGAUGUAAUGUCCUUAAAACAAGUCAAAAUGAGGCUCAGUAGUGUGUGUGGCCUCCACGUGCCUGUAUGACCUCCCUACAACGUCUGGGCAUGCUCCUGAUGAGGUGGCGGAUGGUCUCCUGAGGGAUCUCCUCCCAGACCUGGACUAAAGCAUCAGCCAACUCCUGGACAGUCUGUUGGUGGAUGGAGCGAGACAUGAUGUCCCAGAUGUGCUCAAUUGGAUUCAGGUCUGGGGAACGGGCGGGCCAGUCCAUAGCAUCAAUGCCUUCCUCUUGCAGGAACUGCUGACACACUCCAGCCACAUGAGGUCUAGCAUUGUCUUGCAUUAGGAGGAACCCAGGGCCAACCGCACCAGCAUAUGGUCUCACAAGGGGUCUGAGGAUCUCAUCUCGGUACCUAAUGGCAGUCAGGCUACCUCUGGCGAGCACAUGGAGGGCUGUGUGGCCCCCCCAAAGAAAUGCCACCCCACACCAUGACUGACCCACCGCCAAACCGGUCAUGCUGGAGGAUGUUGCAGGCAGCAGAACGUUCUCCACGGCGUCUCCAGACUCUGUCACAUCUGUCACAUGUGCUCAGUGUGAACCUGCUUUCAUCUGUGAAGAGCACAGGGCGCCAGUGGUGAAUUUGCCAAUCUUGGUGUUCUCUGGCAAAUGCCAAACGUCCUGCACGGUGUUGGGCUGUAAGCACAACCCCCACCUGUGGAUGUCGGUCCCUCAUACCACCCUCAUGGAGUCUGUUUCUGACCGUUUGAGCAGACACAUGCACAUUUGUGGCCUGCUGGAGGUCAUUUUGCAGGGCUCUGGCAGUGCUCCUCCUGCUCCUCCUUGCACAAAGGCGGAGGUAGCGGUCCUGCUGCUGGGUUGUUGCCCUCCUAUGGCCUCCUCCACGUCUCCUGAUGUACUGGCCUGUCUUCUGGUAGCGCCUCCAUGCUCUGGACACUACGCUGACAGACACAGCAAACCUUCUUGCCACAGCUCGCAUUGAUGUGCCAUCCUGGAUGAGCUGCACUACCUGAGCCACUUGUGUGGGUUGUAGACUCCGUCUCAUGCUACCACUAGAGUGAAAGCACCGCCAGCAUUCAAAAGUGACCAAAACAUCAGCCAGGAAGCAUAGGAACUGAGAAGUGGUCUGUGGUCACCACCUGCAAAACCAGUCCUUCAUUGGGGGGUGUCUUGCUAAUUGCCUAUAAUUUCCACCUGUUGUCUAUUCCAUUUGCACAAUAGCAUGUGAAAUGUAUUGUCAAUCAGUGUUGCUUCCUAAGUGGACAGUUUGAUUUCACAGAAGUGUGAUUGACUUGGAGUUACAUUGUGUUGUUUAAGUGUUCCCUUAAUUUUGCAGUGUAUUUAAAAGAGUAAUUUAGUCCAUAGUGAAGGGCUCUCCUUCACAUUUCCUCCCCCUUGUCCAGUUUCACAAAGCUUGCAUCAGUGAGACAGGAAGAGAAACAGCCACCCGUGUAGUUGCCAUCGAGUUCAAUUGAAUUACUGUUCAACCUUCACCUUGCUAUAGUGCAUACUGAAUGAAAAGUCCCACAUGACCACAUCCCCUCCAGAUUCUGGAACACAACUCCCCUUCCAUACUAGGGCUAUACAUAGCUUCCCCUUCAUGCAAUCAAAGCCCUGCGGGCCAGGACAUUACACCUGGGACAGGGCUACAGGCAGGCUGUACUGGACCUCUGGGUUGUAAUCAAUGGGCGCCUGGACCGGUGCUCCCUCCAGGCAGUAGCAGCAAACAUUUACCCCAACCAAACAAGGGGUUUUCCCUGCUGCUCCUAUACCAGGCUCUGCUGCUCUCCUCAGGGCUCAGCAACCGUCUACUUCUGCCCCUCCUGGACUCUCCUCCAAUGGAACACUGGCACCGUGGUUAGCUGACCUCCUCUGCUGCUGGUCUGCAUCCUCAGGACUGUAUCUGCUCGAGGCCUCUUGGCUGUUAAUUCAGUCCAUCCUGGAACCUCAGUCUUGACAUCUUCUAAAAACCUAUUAAAACCAUAGGUCACCCCAAAGGAUAGGGGCUAAUCCCAAUUCUGACACCAAAUGUGACAAGCUGGCCGAUACCUUCUCAUCUAAAAGGCAUAAAAGUGGAACUGAGAAAUAAAUAGAUGUAAAAUUACUUCAUUUAUUUUUAAAACUGCAGACGUGCAAAGUAGACUUCUUCUUCGAUUAGGUUUUACGGCAGUUGGCAUCCAAUAUACAUUAUGUUGCAUUACUGCCACCAACUAGACUUGGGUAUGAACCCAUUAUACUUUGCGCCACAAAAUACGGUCUGAAAGGACGGGAUCCCACCACACAAUCUGCCUCCUUUGCACCGGAUACUUCUGAUCCACAGCACCAUGGGCACCCCUACAAGUAACACAUACCACUUCUUAAUAAUCACAAUAAUCUACGGUUUAAAAAUGUCAAUAAAUACUUUGAAUCCAUAUAUUUGAAAAUAGUAAUUUAGUCCACCAUGAAGGGCUCCCCUUCAUACUGUGUGGAUGCCUACUUUUUACCCUCUACUGUAACUACAGUGCCUUCAGAAGGUAUUCAUACCCCUUGACUUAUUCCACAUUUUGUUGUGUUACAGCCUGAAUUCAAAAUGGACUAAAUAUAUUUUUUCCUCACCCAUCUACACACAAUACCCCAUAAUGACAAAGUGAAAACAUGUUUUUAGAAAUAUUAGCACAUUUAUUGAAAAUGAAAUACAUAAAUAUCUAAUUUACUUAGGUAUUCACACCCCUGACUCAAUACAUGUUAGAAUCACCUUUGGCAGUGAUUACAGCUGUGAGUUUUUCUGGGUAAGUGUCACGUCGUCGUAUUGAACAGACCAAGGCGCAGCGUGAUGAACGAACAUGUUUAACUUUAUUAUCUUUAGUGAUAAUAGAACACAAUCAACAAAACAAGAAACGACUCGUGAAGUCCACGGUAACAAUGACCGAACACGGAACAAGAACCCACAAACACAAAGGGAAAAUAGACAGUAUAAAUAUGGCUCCCAAUCAGAGACAACCAACGACAGCUGACACUCGUUGCCUCUGAUUGGGAGUCACUCUAGCCAACAUAGAAAUAAACACACCAGAAUUACCAACAUAGAAAUAAACACAUAGAAUGAAUACACCCUGGCUCAACAUAUAGAGUCCCAGAGCCAGGGUGUGACAGUACCCCCCCCUAAAGGCGCGGACUGCGACCGUGCCUCAACUUGAACAAAACAGGGGAGGGCUUGGCGGGCAUACCUCCUCGGCGGCGGUUCUGGCUCCGGCCUUGACCACCACCCUCCAAUACACCCCCCAUAGCGCCCCUGGUCCAGUCUGGCCCCGCCGGCUGGAGCUGAACUGGACUUAGCAGGAGCGGUUAGCUUCAGCUCCAUAGUGGAGCAGUUGACCGGUACCUUCCCAGGCACCGGUGGCCCAGGCACGGGUUGUGCUGGACUGACGACGCGCACCCCUGGCCUGGUGCGUGGAGGAGGAACGGGCCUUACCAGGCUGACGACUCGCACCCCUGGCUUGGUGCAUGGAGGAGGGACGGGCCUUACCAGGCUGACGACUCGCACCCCUGGCUUGGUGCGUGGAGGAGGAACGGGCCUUACCAGGCUGACGUCUCGCACCCCUGGCUUAGUGCGAGUGGCAGGAACAGGCCGGGCCGGGCUGGCGACGCGCACCAUAUACUUGGUGCGAGUGGCAGGAACAGGCCGGGCCGGGCUGGCGACGCGCACCGUAUACUUGGUGUGAGUGGCAGGAACAGGCCAGGCCGGGCUGGCGACGCGCACCGUAGACUUGGUGCGAGUGGCAGGAACAGGCCGGGCCGGGCUGGCGACGCGCACCGUAUACUUGGUGCGAGUGGCAGGAACAGGCCGGGCCGGGCUGGCGACGCACACCGUAGACUUGGUGCGAGUGGCAGGAACAGGCCGGGCCGGGCUGGCGACGCGCACCGUAUACUUGGUGCGAGUGGCAGGAACAGGCCGGGCCGGGCUGGCGACGCGCACCGUAGACUUGGUGCGUGGAGCAGGGACAGGCCGGACUGGGCUGGCGACGCACACCGUAGGCUUGGUGCGUGGAGCAGGGACAGGCCGGGCUGGGCUGUCGACGCACACCGUAGGCUUGGUGCGUGGAGCAGGGACAGGCCGGGCUGGGCUGUCGACGCACACCGUAGGUUUGGUGCGUGGAGCAGGGACAGGCCGGACCGGGCUGGCGACGCACACCGUAGGCUUGGUGCGUGGAGCAGGGACAGGCCGGACCGGGCUGGCGACGCGCACCGUAGACUUGGUGCGUGGAGCAGGGACAGGCCGGACUGGGCUGGCGACGCACACCGUAGGCUUGGUGCAUGGAGCAGGGACAGGCCGGGCUGGGCUGUCGACGCACACCGUAGGCUUGGUGCGUGGAGCAGGGACAAGCCGGACCGGGCUGGCGACGCAUACCGUAGGCUUGGUGCGUGGAGCAGGGACUGGCCGGACUGGGCUGGCGACGCACACCGUAGGCUUGGUGCGUGGAGCAGGGACAGGCCGAACCGGGCUGUGGAGACGGAUAGGAGACCUGGAGUGAAGAGCGGCCACAACCCGUCCUGGCUGAAUGCCUACCCUCACACACUCUGUGUGAGGCAUCCGCACAGGACGUACAGGGCGGUGUAUCCGUAACCUGGUGGCCUUCUGAAUCCGCCCCUUUUCUGCCUCCGUCAGCCCCGUCGUCCAUGCCGUGUGCCCCCCCUAAACAUUUUCUGGGGUUGCCUCUCGCCUGUCCGACGUUGACCCGUUUGGCGCCGCUGCUCCUCUCUACGGCGCGCCUCCACCGUCUCUUCUCCCGGCGCUUCCUCCCAUGUCCAGCCCAAGAGCUGCCCCUGGACACGCUGCUUGGUCGUUGCAUGGUGGGUUCUUCUGUCACGGUCGUCGUAUUGAACAGACCAAGGCGCAGCGUGAUGAACGAACAUGUUUAACUUUAUUAUCUUUAGUGAUAAUAGAACACAAUCAACAAAACAAGAAACGACUCGUGAAGUCCACGGUAACAAUGACCGAACACGGAACAAGAACCCACAAACACAAAGGGAAAAUAGACAGUAUAAAUAUGGCUCCCAAUCAGAGACAACCAACGACAGCUGACACUCGUUGCCUCUGAUUGGGAGUCACUCUAGCCAACAUAGAAAUAAACACACCAGAAUUACCAACAUAGAAAUAAACACAUCGAAUGAACACACCCUGGCUCAACAUAUAGAGUCCCAGAGCCAGGGUGUGACAGUAAGUCUCUACAGUGAGGGAAAAAAGUAUUUGAUCCCGUUGCUGAUUUUGAACGUUUGCCCACUGACAAAGAAAUGAUCAGUCUAUAAUUUUAAUGGUAGGUUUAUUUGAACAGUGAGAGACAGAAUAACAACAAAAUAAUACAGAAAAACGCAUGUCAAAAAUGUUAUAAAUUGAUUUGCAUUUUAAUGAGGAAAAUAAGUAUUUGACCCCCUCUCAAUCAGAAAUAUUUCUGUCUCUCAGGUUUAUUUUAUACAGGUAACGAGCUGAGAUUAGGAGCUCUUAAAGGGAGUGCUCCUAAUCUCAGUUUGUUACCUGUAUAAAAGACACCUGUCCACAGAAGCAAGCAAUCAAUCAAUCAGAUUCCAAACUCUCCACCAUGGCCAAGACCAAAGAGCUCUCUAAGGAUGUCAGGGACAAUAUUGUAGACCUACACAAGGCUGGAAUGGGCUACAAGACCAUCGCCAAGCAGCUUAGUGAGAAGGUGACAACAGUUGGUGCGAUUAUUCGCAAAUGGAAGAAACAUAAAAUAACUGUCAAUCUCCCUCGGCCUGGGGCUCCAUGCAAGAUCUCACCUCGUGGAGUUGCAAUGAUCAUGAGAACGGUUAGGAAUCAGCCCAGAACUACACGGGAGGAUCUUGUCAAUGAUCUCAAGGCAGCUGGGACCAUAGUCACCAAGAAAACAAUUGGUAACACACUACGCCGUGAAGGACUGAAAUCCUGCAUCGCCCGCAAGGUCCCCCUGCUCAAGAAAGCACAUAUACAGGCCCUUCUGAAGUUUGCCAAUGAACAUCUGAAUGAUUCAGAGGAGAACUGGGUGAAAGUGUCGUGGUCAGAUGAGACCAAAAUCGAGCUCUUUGGCAUCAACUCAACUCGCCGUGUUUGGAGGAGGAGGAAUGCUGCCUAUGACCCCAAGAACACCAUCCCCACCAUCAAACAUGGAGGUGGAAACAUUAUGCUUUGGGGGUGUUUUUCUGCUAAGGGGACAGGACAACUUCACCGCAUCAAAGGGACGAUGGACGGCGCCAUGUACCGUCAAAUCUUGGGUGAAAACCUCCUUCCCUCAGCCAGGGCAUUGAAAAUGGGUCGUAUAUGGGUAUUCCAGCAUGACAAUGACCCAAAACACACGGCCAAGGCAACAAAGGAGUGGCUCAAGAAGAAGAACAUUAAGGUCCUGGAGUGGCCUAGCCAGUCUCCAGACCUUAAUCCCAUAGAAAAUCUGUGGAGGGAGCUGAAGGUUCGAGUUGCCAAACGUCAACCUCGAAACCUUAAUGACUUGGAGAAGAUCUGCAAAGAGGAGUGGGACAAAAUCCCUCAUGAGAUGUGUGCAAACCUGGUGGCCAACUACAAGAAACGUCUGACCUCUGUGAUUGCCAACAAGGGUUUUGCCACCAAGUACUAAGUCAUGUUUUGCAGAGGGUUCAAAUACUUAUUUCCCUCAUUAAAAUGCAAAUCAAUUCAUAACAUUUUUGACAUGCGUUUUUCUGGAUUUUUUUGUUGUUAUUCUGUCUCUCACUGUUCAAAUAAACCUACCAUUAAAAUUAGACUGAUCAUUUCUUUGUCAGUGGUCAAACGUACAAAAUCAGCAGGGGAUCAAAUACUUUUUUCCCUCACUGUAGGCCACUCAGAAACAUUAAAUGUCGUCUUGGUAACCAACUCCAGUGUAUAUUCUGCCUUGUGUUUUAGGUUAUUGUCCUGCUGAAAGGUGAAUUUGUCACCCAGUGUCUGUGUUGGAUUUGCCCCAAACAUAGCACUUUGUAUUCAGGACAUAGAGUUAAUUUCUUUGCCACAUUUUCUGCAGUUUUACUUUAGUGCCUUAUGCAUGUUUUGUAAUAUUUUAGUAUUUACACUCUUCCUUCUUUUCACUCUGUCAUUCAGGUUAGUAUUGUGGAGUAACUACAAUGUUGUUGAUCCAUCCUCAGUUUUCACCUAUCACAGCCAUUAAGCUCUGUAACGAUUUUAAAGUCACUUUUGGGACUCUGGCAACGGAGUUAGGAAGGACGCCUCUAUCUUUGUAGUGACUUGUUAAGCACACUUAAACCUAUUUAGGCUUGGCAUAACAAAGGGGUUGAAAACUUGUUGACUCAAGACAUUUCAGCCUUACAUUUUUUAUUAAUUUGUAAACAUUUCAAAAACAUCAUUCCACUUUGACAUUAUGGGGUAUUGUGUGUAUUUUUUAUUUUUAUUUAUUUUUUAUGCCAUUUAGCAGACGCUUUUAUCCAAAGCGACUUACAGUCAUGUGUGCAUACAUUUUUACAUAUGGGUGGUCCCGGGGAUCGAACCCACUACCCUGGCGUUACAAGCGCCAUGCUCUACCAAUUGAGCUACAGAGGACCACAGGCCAGUGACAAAAAAUCUCAAUUGAAUCCAAUUUCAAUUCAGGCUGUAACACAACAAAAUGUGGAAAACUCUAUUUCCCCCAGCUCUUUUUACUUAUUUACAUUUACAUUUUAGUCACUUAUUUUUUCUUUUUUGAGUUUACGGCACCUGGUAUUCCCAAGCUGUCUCCCGUCCCAGUACUAAUCAGGCCCGACCCUGAACAGGCGGGUUCAGGGUGGUAUGGCCACAAUCGUAUUUUGUUUACCUCGUUUUCUCCCUGAAUUUGGUCCCUUGGCUCAUCUCUGUGUGAAUACUUUCUGAAGGGACCAAUACCCCUACUUACCAGAUGCAUGAAAAUAAUUCCUAGUGCAAAUUUAGACAAAUAAAAAAGACUAAUAGGUGGCCGGGCACAAAGCGGUUAAAUAAUCUACAUCUCUUAAGCAGGUAGGCAUUAAUAGGUAUGUUAUACAUGGGCAUUGUCUUGACGUGUAUCUAAUCUAGCCAUGGUUUGACUGUACUGACUUCAGUCAUUUUGAUGUUGUGUUCUUCAGACCUGGACCUGUUAGACUUCUUUGGAGAAGGAGAGAAGAUUACCACCACCAAAGCUCCUUCUAAGGUUCCUCCUAAAGUCCCAGCCACCAAGACCCCGCUCAAACCCAAACCCAAACCAGGUGAGACAUGAGGGAAGAAACCACCAUAACAUUCAGGCUUUCUAAUCAGACCCUUUACACUUAACAAGUGAAUGGAGAAAUCCCUGCAACUGCCUGCUUACUAAACCAGCAUGCAUUAAGUCUCUCGUUUAGGAGAGUAUUUUACCCCAAGUGACUCACAAGUAGGCUAUGUAGAAGACAUGUGGUGUACUUAGCAAAUGUAAUGGCUACAGUAGGCAGACGUAGUGUAGAGUCAGCCAAUUCUGCUUGUCAAUAGAUAUUGAUAAUAAGCUAAAAGUCAGUCUUGGGUUUGAGUCAGCUGGAACAGUUGCUGGGUAAACUAUUGACAACAAAGUCUAGACAAUGGUUAAGAUGGAUCACUACACUCAAACCAUUUGAGAACCACUGCUAUAAGAUACCAUGGUACCAUCAACACAUGUAUGUCUGAACCUCUCUUGUGAAAAAGGCUGUCCCUUAUUUGUUAGUCAUAGUCUUGCCCUUGCACCCCUUGUUAAUGUUGUGCAGAGGAGGCUGGUGAGAGGAGCUAUAGGAAGACGGGCUCGUUGUAAUGGCUGGAAUGGAAUAAAUGGAACAGAGUCAAACAUGUGGUUUUCGUGUGUUUGAUGUGUUUGGUACCAUUCCAUUGAUUCCAUUCCAGCCAUUACAAUGAGCCCGUCCUCCUAUAGCUCUUCCCACCAGCCUCCUCUGAUGUUGUGGUAUUAACGUGUAUGUAAAUUUGCAGUCCCCAUACUAUUCUAAGAUCAUCUCUAGCUAAAUCCCCUGCACCUCACAAGCACCUCUACUAUAGUACUGUAUGGGAUUCCAUUAACCCUACUAGCUAUCCCUAGAGUGAUCACAACACUAACAGAUCUGUACAGAACUUCCUAACACUACUUAAACAAAGGGCUAGAUUCAACCCGGAGCGUGGAAGAGCCGCGUUAUAGCGUGAUUUACAUUUAAAGGGGAUUUCCGAUUGAGCCGGCAUAUGCAGCGUUUACUGUGAAUGCAGUCCCUGCGAACGCGGAAACAUUGCCUUUAAAUUCCAAUCACGCUAUAGCCAAAUCUUCCACGCUCUGGACUGAAUCUAGUCCUAUGCCUUGCAUUAAACCUAGCCUGGUUCAACCAGACUGAACGCUAACUAGGCUAUACUAACUCCUGAGCACUCACUACACUAACAGAUAACACCCAGGCUGAUUUUGACUUUGGGCCCAGCCUCCGCCCGGGCCUGCUCCCCCGCGCCACCAAGGGCCCACGUAACCCACCUAGGCCCCAGCCCGGUUGGUACCGCUACCGCUUAACGAACAGACUUGGGUUCAAAUACUAUUCGAAAUGCUUCUUUGGACUAUUCUAUUGGUCCAUUAAGCUAGGCAAGCACAAACAAGCACGGAUAAAGUAUUUCAAAUUAUUUUGAAUAGCAUUUGAACCCAGGUCUGUUAAUGAACCAUUCCCAUUCCAUAAUUAGAACCACCAUCCCACCCUCCUGUUGUUUUCACAUCUGUGUAUACUACUUUUGACCAGGCCCAUAUUUGGGGAACAGGGUGCCAUUUCAGAUGCAGCCUAUGUAUCAUUAUCAAUAUACAUGUAUAUUUCCAUUGUCUUACAUCAUGUAGCACGACUCCCGUCUGCACUGUUGGUUGAAGGACUAGCGCUGCUAAUGGGUGACGUAUGGCUCUUGUCGGAAGACAAUGCCUAUGUCCCAUCAGUCUAAAACAGAGGUGUAGAAAUACAGAGUUUGGCAAACUCAGUUUGAGAUUUUAGGCACCAUUUUGACACCAGAUGUUCCAUGCAUUCUAAUUAGAAUGCAGAUUAGAAUGUUAAUGUCAUGGAACGUUUGGAUCCGACAUGGAGGCUAGUUUGCCAAAAUCUCUAUACAAUAUCAAUGGCUCUGGUCUAAACUAGCUUCCUUGUUCCUGGUCUCUGCUUUGCCUCAUGAACACUGAUCUGAUUGGACUGGACAGAUGACAACUCCUAAUGGUUAUAAUGGGGGAGAGGAGAUGAAGAAAUUAGAUGAGGAAAGGAAGCAAGAUAAGAUUAUUGGAACACACUCCAUGUCUAUACAUUCACACACAUUAUAGUGGUAUCUUGUCUGCAUCAAUGACAUCUUGUUCUCCUAUAGCACACCAUUGUAGACACACUGUAGGCACACACACCAUGUUGUUUACAUAUUGUUGCUGUUGUUGUGUGUCUGUUGUCUGUUGUCACACAUGUUGUUGUGUGUGUAUCUGUUGUGUUUUGAGUCAGUAUCUUCGUUUCGCUGUUUGGCUUUUGAGCUAUGGAACACUGUCACAUUCUGGAAUGCAACCAAGUGACCAAACAACAGUUUGACCUUUGAAUGACCUUUGGACCUAUUUAGUAUGUAUCCAAUCCCUAAAUGUCUUGUUGUCCUUAUUUGUGGUCAUUGUAUGUUUGUGUAUUUGUUGUAUACAACAGCUUGUUGUAUAUUGCUCUAUCGCAAGAAUGCUUGGUAUAUUGUGACGUACAGUUGAAGUCAGAAGUUUACAUACACUUAGGUUGGAGUCAUUAAAACUUGUUUUUCAACCACUCCACACAUUUCUUGUUAACAAACUAUAAUAAUAUAAUAAUAAUAUGCCAUUUAGCAGACACUUUUAUCCAAAGCGACUUACAGUCAUAGUUUUGACAAGUCGGUUAGGACAUCUACUUUGUGCAUGACACAAGUAAUUUUUCCAACAAUUGUUUGCAGACUAUUUCACUUAUAAUUCACUGUAUCACAAUUCCAGGGGGUCAGAAGUUUACAUACACUAAGUUUACUGUGCCUUUAAACAGCUUGGAAAAUUCCAGAAAAUGAUGUCAUUGCUUUAGAAAGUUCUGACAGGUGUACCUGUGGAUGUAUUUCAAGGCCUACCUUCAAACUCAGUGCCUCUUUGCUUGACAUCAUGGGAAAAUCCAAAGAAAUCAGCCAAGACCUCAGGAAAAAAUUGUAGACCUCCACAAGUCUGGUUCAUCCUUGGGAGCAAUUUCCAAAUGCCUGAAGGUACCACUUUCAUCUGUACAAACAAUAGUACGCAAGUAUAAACACCAUGGGACCACGCAUACCGCUCAGGAAGGAGACGCGUUCUGUCUCCUAGAGAUUAACGUACUUUGGUGCGAAAAGUGCAAAUCAAUCCCAGAACAACAGCAAAGGACCUUGUGAAGAUGCUUGAGGAAACAGGUACAAAAGUAUCUAUAUCCACUGUAAAAACGAGUCCUAUAUCGACAUAACCUGAAAGGCCGCUCAGCAAGGAAGAAGCCACUGCUCCAAAACCGCCAUAAAAAAGCCAGACUACGGUUUGCAACUGCACAUGGGGACAAAGAUCGUACUUUUUGGAGAAAUGUCCUCUGGUCUGAUGAAACAAAAAUAGAACUGUUUGGCCAUAAUGACCAUCGCUAUGUUUGGAGGAAAAAGGGGGUACUUGCAAGCCGAAGAACACCAUCCCAACCGUGAAGCACGGGGUGGCAGCAUCAUGCUGGGGGGGUGCUUUGCUACAGGAGGUACUGGUGCACUUCACAAAAUAGAUGGCAUCAUGAGGAAGGAAAAUUAUGUGGAUAUAUUGAAGCAACAUCUCAAGACAUCAGUCAGGAAGUUAAAGCUUGGUCGCAAAUGGGUCUUCCAAAUGGACAAAGACCCCAAGCAUACUUCCAAAGUUGUGGCAAAAUGGCUUAAGGACAACAAAGUCAAGGUAUUGGAGUGACCAUCACAAAGCCCUGACCUCAAUCCUAUAGAACAUUUGUGGGCAGAACUGAAAAGGCGUGUGCGAGCAAGGAGGCCUAAAAACCUGACUCAGUUACACCAGCUCUGUCAGGAGGAAUGGGCCAAAAUUCACCCAACUUAUUGUGGGAAGCUUGUAGAAGGCUACCCGAAAUGUUUGACCCAAGUUAAACAAUUUAAAGGCAAUGCUACCAAAUACUAAUUGAGUGUAUGUACACUUCUGACCCACUGGGAAUGUGAUGAAAGAAAUAAAAGCUGAAAUAAAUCAUUCUCUCUACUAUCAUUCUGAUAUUUCACAUUCUUAAAAUAAAGUGGGGAUCCUAACUGACCUAAGACAGGGAAUUGUUACUAGGAUUAAAUGUCAGGAAUUGUGGAAAAACUGAGUUUAAAUGUAUUUGGCUAAGGUGUAUGUAAACUUACGACUUCAACUGUAAUUCUAGCCUAAGUGCAUGUUUGGCUUGACAUUAACCAAUGGAGUUGGCAAGAGCACAAACAGAUUUUGGACCAGGCUAACAGAAGCCACUUCUGCAGUGGUUUCCUCUCGGUUGAGGUGUGCUAGAUGCCCUAACGCAUCGUAGCAAUGGUUUGUUCAGCUUCAACUUUGACUAACUUUCCCCAAAUUUCCUGGUUUUCCAGAAAUCCCGGUUGGAAGAUUCCCAGAAUAAGGAGAGAAUAAGCACGAAAUCCGUAAUCCUCCAAUGAGGAUUUCUGGAAAACCUGGGUAUUUUGGGAAAGUUACCAUCAUUUUGCAACUCUACCUUUGACCCCUGACCUGUGACCUCUCCCUGCAGCCAGUGAUGAGUUUGACCUGAGUGAUGCUCUGGACCCCAACAACGACAUUGGUGGGAAGGACAAGAACAAGGGACAAGCAGGUUACCCGUUAUUUAUUAUUUGUGUAUUUAAGUGUUUUGUAUUUUUUGUUAAUUUGUUUAUUUAUUUUUGUUUGUUUGUAUAUUACAUACUUAUAGUGGGGGUUUGCAAUAGGUAUGGUACAGGGCUGGUACCAGAACGAAUCAGUUGGAAGGGCAUUUGAUUUCCAAAGGGGGGCUCGCUUUUUCACGGGACCUCCUAUGUGUGAACGAGCUUGGCAGGAACACAACCAGUCAAGAUGUUUUCAUCUGAUUGUCAAACAAAUCACUUAAAAAAGUAGGUUACCUUCGCACAUUCUUCCAAAAUAAGCCAAGCAUCCGAACAGCUCAUUCGCCAACUUUCCUUCAAUUCGCAAGUGGCUGAAACUAUCUCACUGGAGAAAGCAUCCGAUCGAGCGAAACAGCACCCUUCUGUCUUACUAUAUGUAGCCCAUGUAUCUGAUGCUGUCUGACCUUGUCAUACUAUUUUUGGCCAGACAGCAUCGGAUACAUGGGCUACAUUUAGUAACUAAUCAAAAGAGAACCAUCGCACUCUCUCAGAAGCUUGGCUGGUGCGUAAAACCCGCGAAUUCAGAUAAACAAAGACGUGUAAUGGGUUCGCACUCAAAAAUAUUAUUCAAUGUUUUAUAAAUUUUUUACUGCAUCAGGGAUAGCGUACACAGACGUUUCGGCUUUACAGCCUUCUUCAGUGCGUAGGUACAAUUUUCUUUCAUUCAAAACAGCAUUUGUAAAGAUCAACAGAUGAGCAGCAGGUGCAUCUAAUCAGGGUUGCCACUCAUCUGCCAAUCAGGGUUGUGGCUUUUCUGGUCUAGCUGUAUACAAAUUAGUCACAAAGAGAUACAGAAUUAUAGGGUAUGGGAGCGGGCAUGAAGGGCAACUCACAAAUCAAUUGCCCCAGGUGUCCGCUCACCUAAAAACAUCACAUCAAUUCAUGAGACAGCCCACCACAAAGGAGAUCAGGCAAAGCCGUUCAUAAGUAUGUGGGGCCAACACAUAAAUGAUAUGCAAAAUCUGAUAUGGACAGUGUUCUUGUAUAACAGUCUAAAUGUGGCUUAUAGGAAGGAGGCAAAAUUGAAUUAUUCAUUUAAACCAUGUGGAGAUACAGAAUUGAAUGUAUAUAUCCACAUGGCUUCUCUUUGGAGUAAUUUGUUGUCAUAGUCACCUCUACGUGGUGGAUGAACUUUUUCGAUCAUGAAGGUGGAUUCUGGAAAGCAGAACUUAAAAAGGAGUCUGAUGAUAAUGUGCCAAUGGUUAUUGACAAUAGACUUGAUGCCAUUACAGCUAUCAUUGAAAGUAUAGAGUUGAAAGAAAACAGUUUAUUCUCAAGCGGAAACGCUCAAGGAGAGAAUUUUAUUGUCUAUCAUAUUCUUCAUCUGUGUCGCAGUCUAUUAAGUUGGCUAACUGGUAAACCUCUUUUUAGGGGGAGAGGGUGAUAACUAUCAGCUGUCAAUAUAGUAUUUUCUGUAAACUGUAGUACUUAGAGAUUGUCCCUUCUUUGUAACAAGGACAUCUAAGAAAUGUAUAGGUUAAUGUUAUUUUCCAUAGUGAAGGAAAUUGAUUGUACUCUAGAGUUAAUGUAGUUAAGAAAUUCAUUUAAUUUCAUUUCGGAACCCGUCCAGAUCAUAAAUCAAUAAUCUAUAUAGCUGGUCCAAUAUUUAACCUAAUCUUUGUAAGGAUUAUUUUCGUAAAUAAAAUCCAAUUCGAAUUUCCCCAUAAAGAGAUUUGCAUAGUUAAUGGAGCUAAUGGAGUUCACAUUGCUGUUCCAAAAGUCUGUAGAUAGUAAUAUUUAUAUUUGUUGGGAUAUAGCGAUGAGACAUUAAGAGUGAUUAACCAAUCUCCUUCACUAAUAACUGGUAUACUUUGUAGUUUCAGUAGUAGAAUUGCUAUUUUGAAUUAAAGAAAACUGUACCUACACGCUGAAGAAGGCUGUAAAGCCGAAACGCCUGUGUACGCUAUCCCUGAUGCAGUGAAAAUAAUAAAAACAUUGAAUAAUGAAGUAAGCUUUAUGCGACAUACAGAACCAGUCAAAAGUUUGGACACACCUACUAAUUAAAAACAUUGAAUAAUGAAGUAAGCUUAAUGCGACAUACAGAACCAGUCAAAAGUUUGGACACACCUACUCCUUCCAGGGUUUUUCUUUACUUUGACUAUUUUCUACAUUGUAGAAUAAUAGUGAAGACAUCAGAACUAUGAAAUAACAGAUAUGGAAUCAUGUAGUUACCAAAAAAGUGUUAAACAAAUCAAAAUAUAUUUUAUAUUUGAGAUUCUUCAAAUAGCCAAUGUAGCUACCCUUUGCCUUGAUGACAGCUUUGCACACUCUUGGCAUUCUCUCAACCAGCUUCAUCUGGAAUGCUUUUCCAACCGUCUUGAAGGAGUUCCAACAUAUGCUGAGCACUUGUUGGCUGCUUUUCCUUCACUCUGCGAUCCGACUCAUCCCAAACCAUCUCAAUUGGGUUGAGGUCGGGGGAUUGUGGAGGCCAGGUCAUCUGAUGCAGCACUCCAUCACUCUCCUUCUAGGUAAAAUAGCCCUUACACAGCCUGGAGGUGUGUUGGGUCAUUUUCCUGUUGAAAAACAAAUGAUAGUCCCACUAAGCCCAAACCAGAUGGGAUGGCGUAUCACUGCAGAAUGCUGUGGUAGCCAUGCUGGUUAAGUGUGCCUUGAAUUCUAAAUAAAUCAUAGACAGUGUCACCAGCAAAGCACCCCCACACAAUAUCACCUCCUCCUCCAUACGUUACAGUAGGAGAUCAUCAUGCAGAGAUCAUCCGUUCACCCACACAGCGUCUCACAAAGCCACGGCAGUUGGAACCAAAAAUCUCCGAUUUGGACUCCAGACCAAAUGACACAUUUCCACCGGUCUAAUGUCCAUUGCUCGUGUUUCUUGGACCAAGCAAGUCUCUUCUUCUUAUUGGUGUCCUUUAGUAGUGGUGUCUUUGCAGCAAUUUGACCAUGAAGGCCUGAUUCACACAGUGAAUGAGAGCCAGUUUAAUCAUAGCGCUUGAUGGUUUUUGCGACUGCGCUUGAAGAAACUUUCAAUUUUCCGGAUUGACUGACCUGUUGUUUCUCUUUGCUUAUUUGAGCUGUUCUUGCCAUAAUAUGGACUUGGUAUUUUACCAAAUAGGGCUAUCUUCUUUAUACCCCCCCCUACCUUGUUACAACACAACUGAUUGGCUCAAACGCAUUCAGAAGGAAAGAAAUUCCACAAAUUAACUUUUAAGAAGGCACAACAGUUAAUUGAAAUGCAUUCCAGGUGACUAUGUCAUAAAGCUGGUUGAGAGAAUGCAUAGAGUGUGCAAAGUUGUCAUCAAGGCAAAGGGUGGCUAUUUGAAUAAUCUCAAAUAUAAAAUAUAUUUUGAUUUGUUUAACACUUUUUUGGUUACUACAUGAUUCCAUAUGUGUUAUUGAACUAUUAUUCUAUAAUGUAAAAAAAUAGUAAAAAUAAAGAAAAACCCUUGAAUGAGUAGGUGUGUCCAAACUUUUGACUGGUGGUGUAUUUUUGAGUGUGAACCCAUUACACCUCUUUGUUUGUUCACGUACAGUGCAUUCGGACAGUAUUCAGACCCCUUGAUUUAGCUACGAUACCCCAUAAUGACAAAGCAAAAACAGGUUUUUCAAAAUUAAUUUAUUACAAAUAGUAUUCAGACCCUUUACUCAGUACUUUGUUGAAGUACCUUUGACAGCGUUUACAGCCUCGAGUCUUCUUGGGUAUGAAGCUACAAGCUUGGCACACCUGUGUUUGGGGAGUUUCUCCCAUUCUUCUCUGCAGAUCCUCUCAAGCUCUGUCAGGUUGGAUGGGGAACGUCACUGCACAGCUAUUUUCAGGUCUCUCCAGAGAUGUUCGAUCAGGUUCAAGUCCGGGCUCUGGCUGGGCCACUCAAGGACAUUCAGAGACUUGUCCCAAAGCCACUCCUGCGUUGUCUUGGCUGUGUGCUUAGGGUUGUGGUCCUGUUGGAAGGUGAACCUUCGCCCCAGUCUGAGGUCCUGAGCACUCAGGAGCAGGUUUUCCUCAAGGAUCUCUCUGUACUCCGUUCAUAUUUCCCUCGAUCCUGACUAGUCUCCCAGUCUCUGCCGCUGAAAGAAAUCCCCACAGCAUGAUGCUGCCACCACCAUGCUUCACCUUAGAGAUGGUGCCAGGAUUCCUCCAGACGUGACACUUGGCAUUCAGGCCAAAGAGUUCAAUCUUGGUUUCAUCAGAGCAGAUAAAAACAUUUUUUUGGCAAACUCCAUGGGGGCUGUCAUGUGCCUUUUACUGAGGAGUGGCUUCCGUCUGGCUACUCUACCAUAAAGGCCUGAUUGGUGGAGUGCUGCAACGAUUGUUGUCCUUCUGGAAGGUUCUCCCAUCUCCACAGAGGAACUCUGGAGCUCUGCCAGAGUGACCAUCGGGUUCUUGGUCACCUCCCUGACCAAGGCCCUUCUCCCCCUAUUGCUCAGUUUGGCUGGGCGGCCAGCUCUAGGAAGAGUCUUGGUGGUUCCAAACUUCUUCCAUUUAAGAAUGAUGGAGGCCACUGUGUUCUUGGGGACCUUCAAUGCUGCAGAAAUGUUUUGGUACCCUUCCCCAGAUCUGUGCCUCGACACAAUCCUGUGUCGGAGCUCUACGGGCAAUUCCUUCGACCUCAUGGCUUGGUUUUUAACCUCCAGUGUAGUGGUUUAGCAGUAGUAGUGUAGUAGCAAGUAGUAUAGUCAUAGUAUAGCUGUACAAUAGCAGUAAUGUUCUAGACACCAGAAAUAGUAGUAUUAGUGGUAGUAUUAGUUUAGUACCAGGUGGUUGAUGGUGUGUAGGCUAUACUACUGUAAAGUAGUAAUAGUAUAGCAGUAAUAUAGUAGAGUGGUAGUAUUAUUAUAGUAUUAGUAUACAGAAGGUUGAUGUGGUGUCAUGUGCUCAUCAGAUAAAGGUAUCGGAGGCGGGGGCAGGGGUGACGGAGCUUCCAACAACAGAGGGGGGAAUGGGGGUAAGAACCCUGCCUGACCUACCCUAUGCCGUGCCUACCCUAACCUACCUGGUCUACCUGACCAAACUAAACCCUACUGUGCCUGUCCUGCCUCUGUCUACUGGGCUGGGGACUAGCUUUUUGCUCUGUUCUUGGAUAAUACCUAGUUCAAUUUAACCUAAUUCCUCUCUUUAACAUCCAAUAUACAGUGAGGGAAAAAAGUAUUUGAGCCCCUGCUGAUUUUUCUACGUUUGCCCACUGACAAAGAAAUGAUCAGUCUAUAAUUUUAAUGGUAGGUUUAUUUGAACAGUGAGAGACAGAAUAACAACAAAAAAAUCCAGAUAAAUGCAUGUCAAAAAUGUUAUAAAUUGAUUUGCAUUUUAAUGAGGGAAAUAAGUAUUUGACCCCCUCUCAAUCAGAAAGAUUUCUGGCUCCCAGGUGUCUUUUAUACAGGUAACGAGCUGAGAUUAGGAGCACACUCUUAAAGGGAGUGCUCCUAAUCUCAGCUUGUUACCUGUAUAAAAGACACCUGUCCACAGAAGCAAUCAAUCAAUCCGAUUCCAAACUCUCCACCAAGGCCAAGACCAAAGAGCUCUCCAAGGAUGUCAGGGACAAGAUUGUAGACCUACACAAGGCUGGAAUGGGCUACAAGACCAUCGCCAAGCAGCUUGGUGAGAAGGUGACAACAGUUGGUGCGAUUAUUCGCAAAUGGAAGAAACACAAAAGAACUGUCAAUCUCCCUCGGCCUGGGGCUCCAUGCAAGAUCUCACCUCGUGGAGUUGCAAUGAUCAUAAGAACGGUGAGGAAUCAGCCCAGAACUACACGGGAGGAUCUUGUCAAUGAUCUCAAGGCAGCUGGGACCAUAGUCACCAAUAAAACAAUUGGUAACACACUACGCCGAGAAGGACUGAAAUCCUGCAGCGCCCGCAAGGUCCCCCUGCUCAAGAAAGCACAUAUACAGGCCCGUCUGAAGUUUGCCAAUGAACAUCUGAAUGAUUCAGAGGAGAGCUGGGUGAAAGUGUUGUGGUCAGAUGAGACCAAAAUCGAGCUCUUUGGCAUCAACUCAACUCGCCGUGUUUGGAGGAGGAGGAAUGCUGCCUAUGACCCCAAGAACACCAUCCCCACCGUCAUACAUGGAGGUGGAAACAUUAUGCUUUGGGGGUGUUUUUCUGCUAAGGGGACAGGACAACUUCACCGCAUUAAAGGGACGAUGGACGGCGCCAUGUACGGUCAAAUCUUGGGUGAGAACCUCCUUCCCUCAGCCAGGGCAUUGAAAAUGGGUCGUGGAUGGGUAUUCCAGCAUGACAAUGACCCAAAACACACGGCCAAGGCAACAAAGGAGUGGCUCAAGAAGAAGCACAUUAAGGUCCUGGAGUGGCCUAGCCAGUCUCCAGACCUUAAUCCCAUAGAAAAUCUGUGGAGGGAGCUGAAGGUUCGAGUUGCCAAACGUCAGCCUCGAAACCUUAAUGACUUGGAGAAGAUCUGCAAAGAGGAGUGGGACAAAAUCCCUCCUGAGAUGUGUGCAAACCUGGUGGCCAACUACAAGAAACAUCUUACCUCUGUGAUUGCCAACAAGAGUUUUGCCACCAAGUACUAAGUCAUGUUUUGCAGAGGGGUCAAAUACUUAUUUCCCUCAUUAAAAUGCAAAUCAAUUUAUAACAUUUUUGACAUGCGUUUUUCUGGAUUUUGAUGUUGUUAUUCUGUCUCUCACUGUUCAAAUAAACCUACCAUUAAAAUUAUAGACUGAUCAUGUCGUUGUCAGUGGGCAAACGUACAAAUUCAGCAGGGGAUCAAAUACUUUUUUCCCUCACUGUAUCUUUCCUUUCUUUAUGUCACUGUCUCUCUCUUUAUCUCUCCCUGCCUCUCUGUCUCUUACUUUCUGCCUCUCUAUCUCCAUUUAUCCAUCUCUCUAUCCCUACCCCUCUCUCCCUUGGUCCUCCCGAUCUCUCUCUCACACCAUUAACAAGACCUACUGGGGAGUUAUCGACUGAACACACACUCUGAGUGUGUGUACUGUGUUUGGAUGGAUAAACACAUACUCUACUAAAAGCUUCCCCUUGGUAUGUUUGUACUGUGGGUGUACUGCACACAAAGCAGGACUGAUGGUCUAUAUCCAAAACCCACAUCCUCAAUAAGGCACCACUUCUGUUUUCCUGUCAAUGUGGUCACAAUAUCUGGCAACUCGCAUGGGGAUGGCAGCUGUAGUUUCACUCCGGCUAGAUCUUGUCAAAGGCUAAUCUUCUCCUUCUCUUCCCAGAGUGAAAUCUGGCAACCUGCACUUAUCCUCUAUAUACUGUGACUGACCCCUCGUAUGCUGAACUUUCUCCUCUCUCUGGUGACCUUCCUUUGGGGACAUUGGUUGUGUUUGUAAGGGGAUCGUUCCUGGCUUGGAGCCUGGUGUGUCAGGUUAGGGUUGCCAGUUAAUGUUGUCCUAUAUCCCGCAUUUAGGUGGAGCCUUUUCAGAUGAUGAUCUGUUUGGCGUUGGAAAUGACGACACCUACAACCCUGACAAAGGGAAAGGUAAUGAUCUUAGAUAUGGGAAAUGAUUAGAUAAACAAACAAAAAAAGAGCUUAAGGACAGACUUCUGAGUUCAGACCUUUGCUUGUAUUUCUUAUGAUAAAUUAUUGAAGAUACUCUGUUUUAAAUCCUACUUAUAUGUAUAACCGUAAAUGUAUUGUUUUAAUAUGACAAAUAAAUACACAAUAUUUACAUCUGGAUUGUUAAGAUUCUCUGUCAGGACACAGGGGCCCUUAUUAAAUGCAUUUACAUUGAUUGCACAUGAAUGCACAUUAAUAAAUAAUGUAACUAUCACGUUUCAGAAGAAGACCCAGAUGCAGACAGUGUCGAAGUAACAAAAGGCAAACGACAGGUCAAGAGCAGUAAUCUAGAUCAGAGUCCAAAAGGUACAGAACGGCAGGCAGUCUCAGGGUCAGGGCAGACAGAGAUCAAUCAUCCAGGGUGGUGUGACAAGGUACAGAACGGCAGGCAGGCUCAGGGUCAGGGCAGGCAGAAUGGUCAAAACCGGGAAAACUAGAAAACAGGAACUUGAGAAAGACAGGAGCAAGGGGAAAACCGCCGGUAGGCUUGACGAAACAAAAUGAACUGGCAACAGACAAACAGAGAACACAGGUAUAAAUACACUGGGGAUAAUGGGGAAGAUGGGCGACACCUGGAGGGGGGGUGGAGACAAGCACAAAGACAGGUGAAACAGAUCAGGGUGUGACAGUAACAUACUACCUCACAGUACAUCUUUCUAUUUGUCCAUGUAGGUGGACGUCGUGGCGGCCCAUCUACUGCUGAUGACAACAACUAUGGUAUGAUGACAACAACAAUAUUUGUUGAUAACAACAACAAUAUUUCUAUGAACCAAAAGUUAUACAUGGCCAUGGUCUGUGUCUAAUAUUGAUUGUUGAUUAUUGAUUAUACCGCUCUGUGUUCUUCCUUUGUUCCAGACACCAUGGCGGAGACUGGAACCAUCGCAGGGAUCAUCAGUGCCGUUGGCGUGGCGCUGGUUGGCGCGGUUACCAGCUACAUCUCCUACCAGAAGAAGAAGUUCUGCUUCAGCAUACAACGUAAGAGACCAGCUGGGAUUAUUGUCCUCUAUAAUCUAGAGAUAAUAAUAAUAGUACAUUCAUAUUUAAUCAUUAAUAAUGUAGAUAUGAGAUGAUCUCAGACUGUUGUCUCCUACCAUCACAGAGAGCCUUAAUGCAGACCUGGUGAAGACUGAUAACCCGGAUGCUGUGGUGGCCACAGAACCACAAGGUAACUACCUAACCACCCAUAGAGAACUAGAGCUCUAUUCAAUCAGAUCCGCUUUACAUUUGACAUUUUUGUCAUUUAGCAGACGCUCUUAUCUAGAGUGACUUACAGUUAGUGAGUGCAUACAUUUAGCCGACAUUUGCAUAGCGGUUGUUUUUGCGGUGUCAUUUCAUGCAGUUCUACGUCAUUUUACAUGACUGGAGACUUUGGCAGAAUCUUUUUUAAUACUGCACAAAUGAUCGAAAUGACAGGCUACUUUGACAUUGACAAACUGAGAAUCUGAGAUCAAUAAAAACGACCUUAAAUCCAUCAAUAGCAUAGGUCUAGGUGUGUGGAGACACAUAUUGUAGACUACAAUAUGAGGAGGACAUUUAUAGUCCUAAAAAAUGCUAUCCAGUUUCACUGACACACCCAAUGAUGGGUAGCUCACUCGCUGGUGAGUAUUGAUGGUUCUGCAGUGUUGUUGGUUGACACGAGAGUGAAAUAUGAAACUGUAUUCUCUCCAGUUAAAAUGGUCUGGAUGGAGGAGGAGGAACUCAUGUUUUAUUUGGUAACUCAAUACUCUGGGAUGUCUCCAGUCUGG